UUUCGUCUGUCUACUCGUCCAUUUUGAGUUUUGAGUUUCACUGAAGUCUAGUCUAAACCUCGGAACUAACUAACUAUAGUAUAGCCAUGCAAUGAGCGCAGUGCACGCUAAAUACUGAUAGGCUUCUCAGCAAGGUCGCGGCAGACAGAUUGUUGUAGCUCAGCGCUCAACGCUCAACCAUCGCGUGGCCUUGGCAAAAGUAUACGAACAACAUCGUGCGACGAAAUCGACGGCAGACGGGUGAUAGUUUGUGAUUGUGAAGCAAGUGGCAGAAGUUGCUAAGCGAUAAUGGCAACGACUGUACUGUUACGCAAUAGUUGCCUCCGAGCAGUCUACAGCACGAAAAUCCUCCGUAUACAGAAAGGCUGUAUUCCGGCUAUAUCAAACAGGAAUGCACACUUCAUAGGUUCUGCUGAUGAAGCUGUGAAGGAUAUUAAGGAUGGUUCCAAAGUACUUGUUGGAGGUUUUGGUCUGUGCGGUAUCCCAGAGUGCCUCAUCUCAGCACUUUCAAAAACAGGAGCAAAGAACCUGACAAUUGUCAGCAAUAAUGCCGGAGUGGACAAUGCUGGUUUGGGUGUCCUCCUGAGGUCUAGGCAGGUGAAGCGCAUGAUCUCAUCUUACGUUGGCGAAAAUGCAGAAUUUGAACGCCAGUACCUCUCCGGUGAGCUGGAACUCGAGUUUGUUCCUCAGGGAACACUUGCGGAGCGACUGCGGGCUGGUGGUGCAGGCAUUCCUGCGUUCUUCACACCGACUGCAUACGGCACAUUAAUUCACCAAGGGGGUGCUCCAAUAUGCUAUGACAGCAAUGGCAACGUGAAGCUGAAAAGUGAACCUCGAAAGCAUGAAGUUUUUGAUGGGAAGAACUACAUCAUGGAACAUGCCAUUACUGGAGACUUUGCACUGGUCAAAGCAUGGAAGGCCGACAAGGCUGGGAACCUGAUAUUCAGGAAGACAGCAUCAAACUUCAACCCUCCAAUGUGCAAAGCGGCCAAAUUUACAAUCGCCGAAGUAGAAGAAAUAGUGGAGAUUGGAGACAUUCCCGCAGAACACGUUCACAUCCCAGGAAUCUAUGUGAAGUGUGUCUUUAAGCAGCCUCCUGGUGUCCAAAAGAGGAUAGAGAAAAAGAAGACGAGGAGCAAGUCAGCUGAAAGUAAAAAAGGACCAGGCGAAGACACCAGAAAUCGAAUCAUCAAGAGAGCUGCCCUCGAGUUCAAGGACGGGAUGUACGUCAAUUUGGGUAUCGGCAUACCUGUUCUAGCUAGCAACUACAUUCCCAAGGGCAUGCAGGUUGUGUUGCACAGCGAAAACGGUAUCUUGGGCGUUGGUCCCUAUCCAACGGAGGAAGAGGUGGAUCCAGAUCUUAUCAAUGCCGGGAAAGAAACCGUGACUGCUCUGCCUGGUUGUUCGUACUUUAGCAGUGACGAGUCAUUUGCCAUAAUUAGGGGUGGCCACAUUCAUCUUACCAUGUUGGGAGCCAUGGAGGUGUCGCAGUAUGGGGACCUUGCCAACUGGAUGAUCCCGGGUAAACUUGUGAAGGGUAUGGGUGGUGCCAUGGAUUUGGUGUCAAGCAAGGCAGCAGGCACACGAGUCGUGGUCACGAUGGAACACAAUUCAAAGGCGGGCAAACCCAAGAUCCUCACUAAAUGUUCUCUACCAUUGACUGGAGAGCGCUGCGUCGACCUUAUCAUCACAGAGAAGGGUGUUUUUGAUGUAUGUGAGCAGAAGGGUCUUACCCUGAUAGAGAUUGCUGAUGGCCUCACAGUGGACGACAUCAGGAAAAGCACAGGGUGUCCAUUUGAAGUAUCUCCCAAUCUGAAGCCCAUGCAGCAAGUCAGUGUCUAAUUUCGGAGCUGCCUCGAAACAAGGGUAGAUUUUAUACUGGUGCACCGUUCUCGAUGUAGAACUGUGAAAGGGGUUCGUUACAUGGAGUGUACCUGGGGACCUGUUGCUAUACCCGUUAACUGAACACACGUCUCUCCAGAUGUUCAUUUACUGCAGUUUGUUACACUGAUAUUUUAUGUGUAUAAUGAUUACUUUGUGUUUACAGGAAGUUUAUAUUUGAAGUUGUAGCAGUGCUGCUAACAAUAUUGCAAUACAAAUGGUGCCAUAUGAGUCCGCACUAGGCAGUAAAUUCGUGCUAUGCAUGGUCGGGCCACGAAUAAAUAAUGCAAUAUAUUUCUGUGUUGGAUUAAGCCAUAGGAGACGUGGAAUUGUCCAUUUCUGGUGUGGAGGACGUUUGUAUAGCACAGUGUGGAAUUCACAGCAUCCAGCUUGCAGGAUUGCAAUUCUGUUCCAGAAAAUCUGCUUACUCCAGGUAUCUUCCUGGACCGUUUCCAGGCUGCUCCUCUGGAAUGUCUUUCAAUAUGUUUCCUGAACAGCGUUCUAAAACCAAAGGGGCUAGCCUGUGGGUGCCUCUGAUAACUCUGUGACUAUACAUUUGCUUGUCAGCACAAGUGAGAUUUUGACAUCCCAUGUGGUGUUGCGUAAAGUGAUGGUCGCAUCUGUUGCAGUCGAUUUGUAAACUAUAGUGCCAUUUUAUUCCUUGUUGGACCGCUGACCACGACCCCCCCCCCCCCCCCGGCUACGUCACUGACUAGCCCCCAACACUGCUCCCAUAGCAUAUAUGUCAUGUUAUGUACGACGCACGAGAGUAUGCAUCGUGUAUGCAGCCUGUAGCAUGAGUAUGAUAGCGCAGCACUUCCACGGCGUUUCCAGACGAGAAUCCUCAAGAUUCUCCGCGAGAAAAUCGAGUACAAAGUGUACAAGUUUUUUUUAUUUCAUUUGACACGGACACUUUCAUUAAAAAGAAGCUGUGAUCAGUCGUUAUUUAAAACCACACAAUUUUUAACAAAGUCCCGAAAUAAGAACGUACCUUGAUAUACCUCAUCCGUUGCCAGUCAGCUUACGCUACGCGGAAGGGCCGAAACCGAAACUAGGCGCAUAUACGGCGGUGGCAACGUCACCACUAACGCAAGGGGGCAUCGCGCGUCCUGGGUCGACUUCACGGGGAAUUGUGCCGACAUUUGUCUUAAAGCGUCCGAGGGAAAACAUCCAGACAACACAGCCGGCGCACGGAUUCGAACCCAGGUCACCUCCCAUUCUCGGCAUGGUCUGCCACUAUAGCUCACGGGAGCUGAUGCGUAUAUUAUUACUCACCUUAUCCUCUGCACUGCACUAUCCUCACACUGCAAGCACCCACUCCAAUCGGUUCGAUAGUUUCAAAGCACGUGGCUUCGGUUUCGGCUCAUUUGCAUAGCGAAAUUCGAAAGUGCAUAUUUCAACGUACUUAGUCGUUUUAGGAUUUUUUUUUAAAUGAGGUGGUCUUAAAUAAUGAGUGGCUCCAAUUUUGCUACCUCACAUUUCCUGGAAAGCCUCUAUAGUGGACUCUCUUCGACAGACGGUCCGCCUGGCCGGAAAACUCACCCGCGAAAACGGCAUCCAUGCUGCUCUCGUAGGUACCGACUAAAAAUAAACACCCUGUGUACCUCCCAAUACAAACACCAUGCCGGGACGGUGCAAGUGUUUGCUGUGCUAAAGAAACGUUGCAGACAUUUUAAGAUCAAGGUUUCAAGAGACUACGACGAACUAUAGACCUCUCCCUGUUUGAAAGCAAAUGACGUCAUAGUGUUCGACAGCAGCACCAAUUUGGUAGAGUUGAACGAGGGAAUAGGCAAUCCUAAACCUAAAUUACCCUGUGUGGUACAGAGAAAGAAGAUAUAGAACAUGUAAUGCUGAGAUGCCCAGCUACCCAAAUGACACGGCCUGAAGUUUCCAGUAUCGCACUAGCACUCGGACUAGAAAACCUACCAAAUGCAGAAGGCUAGGGACAUAAAAGUGCAAACGACAUCUAGCGAACUGGGAGAGACAGGUGAGAAGCACUCUCAGAAACCGAAUCCGGAAUAUUAGCCAAGAGUCCCAACGGAGAGCAAAGUCAGCUGUCAAUCCAAGCCAACCACCUCGGCCGGAGACACCGCGGGGAGCUCCAGAAGCACCGACCUCAACGCCGAACCAGGGAUCUGUUCUCCCUGUUUUUCCUUUGGCCUAGACAUUAUCCGUUUCUCGCCUGUGGUGUCCCCUAUCUCAAAAGGGACUAGGCGAACCUGAACCUGAACCUGAACUACGCUCGAAGCUAGGGGGCGAACAAGGCCGCGACCGAAAUCCAAGGUCUUCAGGGGAUUACGAUGGUCCCUGAAAGGGACGCGACCCUCGGUCCCAAGUGCCCAUUCCUGGAACCCAGCCCUCCUCUUCCGAAUUGUUUCGGUUUCAGUCUGUCUACCAACGUCAUGAUGAUGUUCCUCGGGUAGAGGUCUAUUGCAGCGUUCAUCUAUGUGGGAGUUGCCCACGGAUAUGACCGACCCCUGCUUUCUGGAGCAGUGUCAUCUCAGGAACUGAGCAUUGUUGCGUGACGCAUGACAUCACUCUUUCGUUCAAAAGCUGUGAACAUGUUUCCGUUCUGGCAGAACAAAUAGUUUUUACUACGUUCCAAUCCAUUGAGCUUGAUCCACGAGAAUGUUCCACGUGAGAGGAAUCAUAUAUAUUUUUGCGACGAUACGAAACAAUGCCUCCUGGCAGAGCUGAUGAUAUAGUACACACUUCACUGAUCUCGCAAAACUGUGACGCUCUCGCCCGACGCCUCUUUCUCGGCUGAAUUUGCUGGCCACUAUUCCCGAUGGACUCUCGGUCACACAUGUUGAGUCGCGGACAAGAAAGAGACGCCUAAAAGUAACUCAAUCGCUAAGAGGAAAUUGUUGCCAGCGGGCCUUUGAUUAAGUUGUCAUUUGACGGCCGUUGCGUGUAGCGGCGAUCACGCGAUAUCCCUUUUCACUCUGGAGCCAACAGUGUGACCAUUACCGAGCCAUAUAAGCGAGAGCGUUUCCGCGUGACCAGUUGGUUGCCACAAGUCUUGGAGGACGACUGGAAGCACUAUGGCCCUCAUCUUUCAUGGGGUGCUAUGGGCAGCCAUCUUCUUGCUACCUCCUGUCAACCCGUCCCAUCCGACUCAAAUCAUCAUCAUCCGAACUAUCCAAGAUGACGUUCCCGAGCCUGAGCCCCACUUCACACCUGGCAUCUACACCAUCAGAUCUCACGCGGUGAACAGUAUUGAUCAUCCCCACCACGUCUGGUCUCCACAGACUGCUGUGGUCACACCUGGAGCUUGGACUCCUCUCAUAAUAGUCGGAAAUUCUGGGAGACGCCAUUCAUCCCCUCACCCACUGCCUCCGCCACCCCUUUCACCACAACCCCCACCUCCACCACCACCACCACCACCACCACACACGGCGUCCCCACCAGCGUCGUUUCCACCAGCCGUGACAGAGCCGCCGGAGUUGAGCACCAGGACCAGCAGGGAGACCGGGAUGGAACAAGACGUAGGGAAAAAGGACUCGAGUCGAGUGGAAACUGAUAAGUUGAUCGAAGCAGCGUUCCAGAAUGCCUCCAGAAAGUACUCGGAGAAAAUGGAAGCAUCACCCAAGAUCGUCAUGAACAGAGGGUAGGAGGACAUAGCAUCUGAGCACUGGAUUGGGAUAGCUUGAUCUAACUGGAGCGCGGAGUGACAGGAAAAAGAGGUUUCAGGAAUGGUCUGUGCCGAUGACAUCCAAGUUGGACUGUACAAUACCAGCUUGUUUGAGAAUAAAUUGUGAAAUACUUUUA